CCUAUUUGUUGCCUAGGGAGGACUUCAGAAUCGCAUCGCAUAGCCUCUCGAAGGUUAUGUAUUUGACAGCAAAUUUCAGCCAAGUAAAGAAUGCAGUGGGAAUGUUUCCCUGCACCGGAACAAUGGACUUGGGUCAGUACAAGCAACCUCCACGACACCUCUCACUUGGAACAAUGAGCCAUAACCGCAUCGACACCGGGUGGCAACAUCAGUUUCUCCCCUUCACUUUCGGCUGGGUCAACGCCGCGACGAUAACCGGCAGUACGCUGACCAUCUCGCCGAGACCAGCAUAAGCAGGGGGAAUGCGAACUUUGACAAAAGCUCCCGAUGCAAGCAGAAUGGCAACCACAUUGUACACGGCUGACCAGACAAAGUUGAAGGUGAUGCGUCGAUAAGCGGCCUUCGAGACAUCGAGCAGGCUGACCACCCCGUCGAGAUUGCGGAGGAGGACCACGUCCGCCGUGGCCCGCGUGAUAUCCGAAGAAGACUCGAUUUGAACGCCAACGUUGGCUUGAGCCACGGCCACAGCGUCGUUAGUACCGUCUCCGCAGAACAAUGUGAUCUUUCCAGAAUCCAUGAGUUCGCGGAUAUACUCCUGCUUCUGUGCUGGAGUUCUUUCAGCAGCGACGUUCUCCAAGGGAAUUUGAAGGUCGGCGGCUACGCCCUCAACUACCCGACGAGCAUCGCCACUCACAAUGUGAACGGCGAUUCGCCGCCGAUGAAGCUCUCGAACAACACCAGUCGCUCCCUCACGCAGCCGGGACUUGAGGCCGAAGAUUGCACCCAGUUGGCCGCCGAUCGUCACGCAGAGCAUUGUCAACCCUUGUGCAGCGAGAUCAACCACCUGAGGUGUAUCGCUGAUUUGGAGCCACUUCGCGUUCCCAGCACGGAUUGUCAUUCCGUGCCAUUGCGCUUCGACUCCACAGCCUGGAAUGGAAGUGAGUGCAUCGACCUUGAUGCUACGUACACCCCUCGCGUCCAGUGCCUUGACCACAGCUUCGGACACGGGAUGCUUGUUGCUCUUCACGAGUGUCAUGACCAUAGACAGCAUGGUGUCUUGCUCUGCGUUGUCCGUGAACAAGACCAACUCCUGCACAACUUCGAGGUUCGGCUCAGUAAGCGUUCCUGUUUUAUCGAACACCACAUCGGUAACUUUGAAACCGCGCUCAAUGACAUCUGCAGUUUUGAUAAUCACGCCUCCACGGGCAGCCACCCCUCCCGCUAUCACCAGGACCAUGGGGACCGCCAAACCUAGCGCGCAGGGGCAGCUAAUGGCCAGCACGGCUAUACAAUAGCCUAUGGCAGUUCCGAUAGCAUCUCCCGCAGGCUCUUUUCGAACCUUCAGAACAACCACGACCCAGAUCACAAAGACAAUGAGUGCUGCUAUACACACCACUGGAAUGAAGUAUCCAGCUAUCUUGUCGGCCAAGUCUUGGACGCGCGGCUUGAAGCUCUGCGCCUGCUCGACCAGGUUGGCGAUAUCGGUAAUGGUGUUCUUCCCUGGCAAGCGAGACACACGUGCUGUCAAUCUUCCGCCACCAUUGACAGUGCCUGAGACGACGGGACUUCCAGCAGUUUUGAAAACAGGAACACUCUCGCCUGUGAGCAUCGACUCAUCUACCUCACUUGUGCCUUGCAUCACUUCAGCAUCGGUAACGAUCUGUGAAUGCGACAAUAUCGCGAUCUUGUCCCCAUAUUGAAGUAAACGGGCAUCAAUCUUAACGAUUCGGUCUGUGUCCUGGUCAAUGAGCAUGGCUGUCGAUGCCUGCAGAGACCUCAACGACACCGCCUUCACUGCUUGUUUACGAGCCCAAGCCGCAAGAAGUCGACCAAGCAGAAUCAACGUGAUUAGCAGCGUACUAGUCUCGAAGAAGGGUUUGGUCGUCAACUCGAUGCCAGCGAAGUAGAGUCCAGUGGCGACGAUGGAAUACACGUACGCAGCUGUAAUGCUGAUAACCACAAGCAUGUCCAUUUCGACGACCUUGUUGUAGAUCAAGGACGAUAUGGCAGGGAUGUAGAAUUCUGGAACGGCGAUUGCUUGAACCAUGGUGGCGAGGACCACGGCAACGGUCAAAGUGGUAUGCUCGGAAACGCCAGAAGGACGCCCCCACUCGAGUACAACAACUGGUACUGUCAGUAUGAAGGCGGCAGUGGUCAAGGCAAGGACUCGAACGAGCCUGCGCUUUCCUUGAUCGAGGUACGAGUCGCUGCGGAGAGGUCCAAGUUGAGCAUCGAUACCAUUGAGCAUGUCUCUGGCACCAAUGACGCAAGGAUCAUAGCUGAUUUCAUAUGUUGUCUUGGAAAGCUUUUCGCAGCGCUCGACACCACGCGGUAGGGAGUUCUGGAAUUUGAUUGCUUCUGCUGCCGGCAUUGUGACGUCGAUACUCUGGGUAUCGGAGGAGAAUGGUCUCAGCUUGUACCCUGUGGCUCGCUGAGCGUUGCGAAUCACUUCAUCUAGGGUACUGAUUUCGGUGUCGAGGUCGAAUUGGGCAGUUCCACCGAUGAAAAUGACCUUGACAUUCCUGGUGCCUGCUACACCUCGAAUCGCUCUAGUCAAAUUGUUGGCACAACCAGAGCAGUCCAUCCCUGUGACAUUGAGAAGGAUAUGCGACAGCCCUCCUGCCUUCUCGAUGUCAAUUGAAGUCUGUUUUGUGACGGUCUCGCGUGCAAAUCGAGUCCCAAGGAGAGUCUCAUGGCUAUCACAACAUUUGAUCUCAGCUCCGGCUGAUGCCAAUUUCUCUGGCACCUUCUUGCCACGACGGCGAGACAAGACGGAUCCGUGCUCUUUCACGUCGAGAUGGUGGUUACGGGAAGUGCUGAACGCAACAACGCCGCCGGCCGAAGACUGUGGGCGGCAGGUCUCGAUUCGCGCAGCCGGAGAAAGAAUACUUCGACAGAUGCACCUCGCUGACUCCAGGUAUGUAGCAUAUUUUUCCAUGGCAGCUUUGAGGUGAACGUUGCAGGGUUCACCAAAAUGUUUCCCGUCCUCGCCGUUGGCGUGUUCAUGCGCUGCGCCACUGUGGACAUGCUUGCUCGCCUUUGGCACUUGGGCGUGGUUAUGGAUGCGGUCGUGAGCGUCAUCGCAGCUAUCAUGGUGAGUGGUCUUCUCGUCUAGCUCGUGGCUGUCUGUGUCACUGCAGCAAUCCUCCUGCUGAUCGGCCCAAGCCAAGGAGCACUCGAUAGCUGCAGCAGUCUUGAUGCAAUUUUCUGCAAAUUUUUGUUAGCCAAACUUCUAGGCGGCAUACUGGGUUAGUACCAUUGCACUGAUCGUCCUCAUUGCACUGAUCCAUGAAGUCUUCGUCGACUUUCAAUUCUGGCUUGACUGAGCUUGUCGAAUUACAACAUGGGCCACAUUCGAUCGAUGCCGACGGCUUUGGCAACGGGCCUUCACAGCAAUCACCGGUACCGUCGGGAGUUUUACCAGCACAGUGGGAUACCAUAUUGAUAGACUUACAAGUCUUUGGAAUUUCCUUCGAAGUGAACAUGAGACAGGUUCUGACGGUAAGGGAUGAAAGUGAUGAUAAAGAGCGAAGGCUCCUGUCACCGGUUUUCGGGCAUGGGUGAGUGGCACAAGAGCCUUUCACUUCCGCUACAAUUCUAGGCUGUACUUGGCAAUUUCAACCGCCGCCUACGCAAGCCACUUGGCACCGCACUUCAAUCUUGCGACACUUCUACUGGCCGAAGUCGUUCUCAAUCAACAACAUGAGUGGUGCACAGCCUACCUACCAAGAAAUGGCAAUUGCGGUAACAAGAUGCACGAAAGAAAGAACAAGCACGGUCUGAAUUGCCGAGCGACUGCUCCAUUCACCCAACAUGUCAUGAGUGAGAAGUUGCAAUGACCUGAACCCAAGGUUAGUGAUGACACAAUAAAUUACUUCCCUUUGAAAACAGAUGAGUGCCGCCAAUGCAAUUUCUUUCUACUAGACUACAGUACCACGGCCCGAGUAUCGACAGGCCUACGAAGCCCACGAACAAGGUUCGACUUUGAGCCAUUUCCUGUUUCAAUUUGCACGAUCACGUGACGCUCGCGUUCGAAUUUUCGAUGUUUUCACUACGUGUCGCGACGUUCUCCUUCCUGCGAUCUCGUGUGUUUGACGGCCACGUAAACUAGCACAGUCUGCUGUCCGGGGUUCAGGAUGUCUCUGCAUCUGUCCAAAACGACCAAGUGGUCUUGCUCCUCACCAUCGAUAUACUCUUUUUCCUGGUGGAAUUGACUGUGGGCAAGUUUCAAGCUUGUGACAGCUUCCCAGCCACGCAAGCUGACCAGCUUUGUAGGAUUUGGCGUUCACUCCCUCGCACUCGUCGCCGAUGCCUUCCACAUGGUCUGCAAUCCCAAACAGCUGCCUCAUAGACUUCUUGUUGACCAUUUCCUUCAGUUCAAUGACGUCCUGUCAUUGCUGGUCGGCCUCUGGGCUAUCCGCGUCGCCACAGGACGUGAGGCAACUAACGUCUACACUUAUGGGUGGCAACGCGCUGAGACGCUUGGUGCACUGAUAAACGGAGUGUUUCUCGUUGCUCUCUGCAUGUCGAUAUUUCUCGAGGCAAUCCAACGUUUCGCCGAACCCCAAGAAGUUUCCAACCCGAUAUUGAUCCUCAUAGUGGGCUGCACUGGCCUGGCCUCGAACUUCCUUGGCAUGGUCCUCCUACACGAGCAUGAGGAACCUAAACCAGGGGCAAACAAUAUAGCCGACACAUUGUCCGAUCAGGACGAAAUAGAUGGGCAAUCGGUGCCACAACAAGCACGUGGGUUUAGGCGGGCUACAACCUUGUCGCAGAUCUCCGUGCAUCCGACAGCUUUGCGCGCGGAUAUCAUUGCUGCUGGCCAGCCACACGCAGUCCCUGGUAGUAGCGAGCAGCACGACGAAAAUACACCACUGCGCACGGGUCAGUCGCCUGGGGCUUCAUCUGAAGGCCAGGCCGAAACUACGGAUCUGCACAGCGAUCAUAUCCACAAGCGCCAGGACCGCAGCAAAGGAAAGGGCAAAGGCCACGACCUGAAUAUGACAGGCGUGUUCUUGCACGUUCUUGGAGACGCUGUCGGCAACAUCGGCGUCAUCGCUUCGGCCUUGUUCAUCUGGUUGACCGAUUUCAGCUGGCGUUUCUAUGCCGACCCAACUGUCUCCGUGAUCAUCACAGCCAUCAUCCUGCAUACGGCCAUCCCACUGUGUACUGCGGCAUCGCGAAUCCUACUCGAGGCCGUUCCCGAGGGAAUCAAUAUCGACGAGAUCAAGCAAGACAUCAACACUCUCCCUGGCAUUGCGGAUUGUCAUGCGUUGCACGUCUCGCAAUUGAGCGAUUCGAAUGUGAUUGCUACGGUCCAUAUCAAAGUCGACUACAAAGUCAACAAGGACAGUCAUGAACAGUACAUGCGGCUGGCGUCCGCUAUUCGAGAUUGUCUGUCUGCUUAUGGGAUACACAGUGCUACCAUACAACCAGAAUUCUUUGCAUCCGCAGCCGAAAGGUCGUCCGCACACGGGAACGCGCACCGCGCAGCACUAUCGUGAUCUUGAGUCCACAAGCAUCAUUGAACAUCUGCUGGUAUAUUCGUAGCUUGUUGGGUUCCUUUGAGGUUACAAAUGGGUUGCGGAAGCACAAUAGAGGGCUUCAACAUGUUCGCCUUAAUUUUGAAUGAAUGGAACUUUAGGCUAGCUAAACUGACAUCUCGAAUCAAUAUACUGUUUCAUCUCGAAGUAGCCAGAGCACUGACACGACGAAGCGACCAAUCGCACAAUCAGCCGCUGAUGCAGCAUCUCUGUUCAGAUGCAGUUGUGCCAAAUCAACUGGACAGUUAAUCAGUUCGGACGUUGGGUGAAUCAAGGUACUGCGAGACAUAAGUGGACCUUGUACGAGUGAAAUCAAUGUUGGCCGUGUCCAUGCUGAUCAUAUGGACGUUGCUCGUAUCCGUGAGAGCUGUUGCCAUGCUGCUGAUACCCUUGAGGAUUGUUGCCAUGUUGCUCGUACGCAGAGGGGUUGUUGCCAUGCUGACCGUAUCCUUGUUGGUCAUGUCCAGAGGGCCUGCCGUCAUGCUGGCCAUACUCACGUUGCUCAUAACCAGGUCCCCCAGCACCAUAAUUAUGCUCGUCGCGACGCUCGUAGCCAUGUUGGCCAUAGGCGCCCGGUUGGUUACCAUGGCCGUCCUGCGCUCCGUAGUAAGGUGCCUGGGUCUGUGGAGGGCUGCCAUACAUUCGCGGAGGACCUCCGUGCUCGUAUCCACUCCCAUAGUGCUGAUCUCUACCUGGAUACCUAGGAUCAUAGGAUCCCGAAUGGGCUUCAGCAGGACGACCCUGGUAAUUGCCUGGGUAAGGGCCACCCAUCUGCCCAUAUCCACCACUUGGCUGGUAAUGACCCGUUGGACUUCCGGAGUGCGGCAUGUUUUGGUAAGCUCCUGGGCCACUCAUGUUGCCAGGAAAGCUACCUGUCACAUAUGUAUGUCAAUAAGACCGUCUGAAGAGGCUGCAAGAGGCCAUCGCAUACCGUAGGGUGGUUGAUUUUGUUUCUCUCCAGGGUGAUUUUGUCCAGUGACUGCGUCCGUGAUCUUAUGCAUCAAACCUGAACUGCCCGGAACCUUGGCCCUGAUCCUGGCCUGGUUUUCCACCAGCUAAUUUUCCAGCCAUUUUGAGGAAAUCCAUUGUGCUAAGUAAUGAUGACUAUAGGUGUGAAAUUGCAAAGUUGGAUGCAAAUUGAUAAUUGGAUUGAUGAUGGCAAAAUGUGAGCAGAGGAAGCAGCGGUCAGAACCAGUAGUCGAGGAAGUUUUAAUAGGCUUUAGCUCUGCUGCAACAGGCAGGGUACUAAACUGAUCCCGGACCAGAUUUCCUUGAUCCCGGUCUGAGGAUUUGGACGGGGUCUUCGGGCAGUCCUUUGGUUAUCUAGGCCAUGUUAACCCGCACUACAAAAGGCAGAAGACCUGCACUGUCGGUCAUUUCAAUCGUGCACGUCUUUGUAUCACAAUGUCUACUCAGGUUGUGCGGUGUCGAUGCCUGCAAAUCCGGGAACGAGCAACGUGUAGUCCGACCUAGGUGCCGAAAUCCUUCAGGCGGCAAAGCGCCGGAUGGUCAGUUAGUGAACAUUUGCAAAAUUCAUUUCCCUGGGCAUGGACGCACUUUUAUUCCGCACGUCUCCCAGUCCGCCAUCAGAGUGAAACCCAUUGAUCGAAGCAUAUUCAUGUAUAUAUGAACAGGGCACUGGAAAUGCCAUCCAUGCGUUUUUUGCCCUAAAGUUACCACACCUCUGGCACGUGGUAUGACAGCGAACAACUUUUUGUAGCUGGCUUUCCGGCCUUUCGGUGACGUUUGUCUCAAUAGAUAUCUCCUUUCGUCUUAGGUUACGCUUGAGGCAACGCCUUACACCUAGCUUUCUAAGCAUUAGUUUGGCAGAAUGCCUUCGGCCGCUUAAGAUGUCAUGGUUACUGCAUCCCUUGUGC